AUGUCUCCUGGGUUAAGGACCCCUACAUCACGGCCUGGGAUCCACGUGAAUGCAACACCCUCACCCUUCAGGUCGUUUCGAUUAGCUUUUACCUCGCCAACUAACGAUCGAGCGCUUCGGCUUUCCAACUCGGAAAAUGUAGUCGGUACUGUCUGCACAGGAUUCCGUUAUCGUGAUGGUUGUUUUGAGAAGCCGCUGCGGUUAGCUGAGAUGACGGCUGGGCAUGGCAGUUCUGAAUUGAGUGAACCAGUUAAUAGGUGCUUACAAAUGCCUUCAACUAGUGAUGAUGGCGGCCUCGACAAAACUUUGCCAAUGUUUAUGGGAGAUAUAUUUGAUCCACAGGAGAUUGAAGCCAGCUUGGUGGAUGACUCCGGCCUGUUUGGAAUGGAUGUCAGUCUUCAUGCGACUUCUACGCCCCUUCCACAUUCGCCACAACCUUUUCUGUGCUCCGACGCAACGAUUCCUCCUGUGCAUAAUCCUUAUGCCGAUGUGUGGUAA